AUGCCGUUCGAUGUUCUCGCAACAUCGUGCCAGUUUGACGCGAAACAAGACGACAACUCCAGCAUGGUGGUUUUGCCGGCGUGGCGUGAUGCUGACCUCCUGCAGUACGCGAAGUUAACGGACUGGGUUACUGAAACUGGUCUACGCAAGGUCAAGCGGAAGAACACACCAUAUUCAAAAAUUGCUAAGGAGCAGUACUUCUAUAGUGGCGGCAGCUUGCGCGAGUUCUGUAAAAAACGGAGCUCGCUUGAAGAGCGUGUAGCGAGAGACUGCCGUGCCGUGGGAAAUGGUCAAGCGUUUGACUUGGUGUACAACUAUGGUGGGGGACAAAGCAAGAGCCAAGUGGAUCGUUUGCGGCGUCACUACAUCACUGACUGGAACCGAGAAGUGGAAUACCAUGACAGUCGAUGGUGGAAGCUAUCUGUGGAUUCCGGAUAUGUGCUGAGCCA